UACAUCCUCGUAGCCGAUAUAUUUAAAUAUAAUACCCGUUGAUAGCCGCCGUAAUCCCGUUAUCGAGCCGAGAUAGCGUCGACUCUGACGUCGAAAGCACCUGUGCGCAUUUCCAUACCUUACCUCUUACCUCACUCUUUUAAUAUCCGUCUUUUUAUCAGCGACUCGUCUAUACGGAUAUACCACUUAUAUAUCGCAAUGCCACCACGAUUAAAUACUCGAUUGGCACCUUCAGCCAUCCGUAUCCUCCGUCUUUACUCGACUGACGCCGGUCCUCUUGUUCGAGUUACUAACCUCAAAGCUCCGAAUUCCGGUCAUAUUCGCAUUCUCGAGCUCAAUAGACCAUCCGCGCGCAAUGCCAUAUCAAAAGCCCUCUUAGCUGCCUUACGAGCCGAAGUCGAAGAUGUUCAAUCGCAAUAUACCGUAGAUGGCCAAGAAGUGCCACCUCCCCCACGAUUUGGAGGAGCUGCUGGUAUAGAUCAGAAAGGGCCUACCAGAGCUCUGAUCCUAGCCAGCGCCGUUGAUGCGAGCUUCUGCGCAGGCGCCGAUCUUAAAGAGCGGCGCGGCUUUACGCAAGAGGAGACCGCGCAAUUCCUAGCAGAUCUCCGCGGCACGUUUUCAUCCCUUUCAUCUCUCCCAAUCCCUACAAUUUCGGCUGUCUCUUCCCUUGCGCUAGGCGGCGGCCUUGAGCUCGCCCUCUGCACCCACUUUCGAGUAUUGGCCUCAACUGCGACAGUGGGCCUCCCGGAGACGCGACUGGGCAUAAUUCCCGGCGCAGGCGGCACGUAUCGAUUGCCAGCAUUAAUCGGACUCUCUCGCGCCAGGGAUAUCAUUUUAACAGGUCGGCGUGUUUCCGCCCCUGAGGCGUACUUUUUAGGACUUGCCGACCGGUUAGUCGAGGUGCUGCCCGAAGACGAGCGGGAUGGUGUCGCGCAGAGGGAUAACGGAGCUGAAGAUGGACUGCCAGCUAGAGCACGAAACGAAGUUCUCUCAGAGGCGGUGAGGUUAGCAGGUGAGAUCUGCGAGGGAGGUCCGAUUGCUGUUAGAUCUGCCCUCCAGGCAGUGAACUGGGCUAGAGAGGAAAUAGAAAACGCUAUGUACGAGCGCGUGGUGAAAAGCGAGGACCGAGAUGAGGCUUUAGAGGCUUUCAAGGAGAAGAGGAAGCCUGUAUUUAAAGGACGGUAAAUCAAUGGAAUUAACGGUAGGCUUCCUAUUUUAAACCUAUCUAAGGCGAUCUGGCUUGGCCAUGAGUGGCGUGCUAGACGUAUGACUUACGUGUGUGGCAGACAAGACAACUAGGAGAUGAAGAACUUAUGUUGGACUAUUAUUCCGAGAAUUUAAUACGGAUUUGGUGAUACCUACCUAGGUAAGUGCCAUGGAAGUCGAUAUCGGAAAGUCUUUAGCACUCUGUGAUAGAAGCCUCGAUACAAUAUCCACACUAGUUUUAACAGGUAUUUAAAUACUUCAAAUACUUCAAAUAUCU